AUGGCAGCCGGGGUCAAGAAACCCGUCAACAUCUUCCGUCUCCGGGACUUGGGUGAGCCAGAAGGCGUCUUCAACUGGCGCCUGUGGUUUGCCGUCGUCUCCUUUGGUCUGCUCGGCGCUGCCCGCGGAAUCGACGAGGGCCUCAUCUCGGGCGCCUUCAACUCACCCGACUUCAAGGACAUGAUCCACUACUCCAGCUACUCCAAGGUCGAUCAGGCCAACAUCAAGGCCAAUGUCUCCGCCAUGGUCCAGAUUGGGUCCGUCGGUGGCGCGCUCAUUGCCUUCUUGAUUUGCGAUCGGAUCGGUCGAAUCCAGGCAACCCGCGUCCUCUGCUCGCUCUGGGUCAUCGGCAUCAUCAUCUUCAUGGUUGGAGGUAUCAAUGGAAACCUGGGCGCCAUCUAUGCUGGCCGCUUCAUCGCUGGCCUCGGUGUCGGCCAAACGCCUGUUGUAGGACCAGUCUACAUCGCCGAAGUCGCCCCGGCAUCCGUUCGAGGUCUUUGCACCUGCUUCUUCACCGGCGCCGUCUACAUCGGUAUCGUCCUCGCCUACUUCACCAACUACGGAGCCGCCUUGCACAUCGACGGCCACAGCCACAACCGCUGGCUCGUCCCCACCAGUCUCCACGUCAUGAUGGCCGGUAUCAUCUUCAUUCUCACAGUCUUCCAGUAUGAGUCACCACGUUUCCUAGUCAAGCAGGGCAAGCCCGACCUUGCUGCCGACAUAAUGAGCAAACUCCGCCAGCUCCCCGUCGACAGUGACUACGUUGUCGCCGAGAUCACCACUAUCCAGGCCGCUCUCGACCACGAGCUCGAGGCCACAAAGGGCGUUGGCUGGCUCGGCAAGAUCAAGGAGAUGUUCCUCGACAAGAGCAAUCUCUAUCGCGUCUACCUCGCCACCAUGGUCCAGCUUCUCUCCCAGUGGUCAGGCGCUGGCUCUAUCACCCUUUACGCGCCCGACCUGUUUGCCCUCCUGGGCAUUACUGGUAGCGAAGAGCGUCUGCUCGUUACCGCCGUCUUCGGUAUCAUCAAGCUCAUAGCGGCUCUCGUGUGUGCCCUGUUCCUGGUUGAUGUCAUCGGCCGGAAGCGCGCUCUUCUCACCGGCAUCACCCUGCAGUCCAUUUCCAUGAUCUAUGUUGCAAGUUUCCUUACGGCCGUUCCCCAGAUGGGUGUCGUCAAGGGCUUCGUACUACCGAACGACAAGAAAGGCGCGAGUCGCGGUGCCAUUGCCAUGAUUUACAUCUCUGGCUUCGGCUGGGCCCUUGGUUGGAACUCCAUGCAAUAUCUCCUCACCGCCGAGCUGUUCCCUCUCAGGAUCCGUGCUCUGGCCACAUCUUGGGCCAUGACGCUGCACUUUGCCAAUCAAUACGGCAACACUCGUGCGGUCCCCAACAUGCUGCUCCCUGUCUCCUACGGCGGAAUCUCUCCCAAGGGCACAUUUUGGUGCUUUGCAGCUGUCACGAUUGUUGGCGGCAUCUGGGUAUGGUUCUCCGUGCCUGAGACCAGCGGCCGUAGCCUCGAGAGCAUGGACCGUUUGUUCGAGCUUCCCUGGUACAAGAUUGGUCUGUACGGCAACAGGGACGCAGAGCAGAAGGAUAUCGCCUACGAUGAGAAGCAACUCGUUGCCGAAGAGGAGCGCGGGACACAGCAGCGCGUUUAG